UAACUUCUGAAGUGCUAAAGCAAAAAUACAGAAUUCCAUCUGAGAUGGAUACUGUAUUACUAUUUAAUGAAAAUACAUCACGACCUGUUGCAACCAUAUCAAUGAAAGAAAUUCCAACUCAGUCACUACAUCACAUUAUUUCAUCCAAUCAAUACUUAGCACUGCCUAGAUUAUCCUCACAGAGUAUUUUAGACUCUUUAUGUCCUUGUGAAUGGAAUAAACCGAGAAAAAGACUUUGCGUGGUCCUAGUGACAGAAGAUUCUCAAUGCCACGAUCCUCACAGACAAUCUUUUAGAUUGUACGCACAAUCGGCCCCCUACAAUCCGGAAAGGGUUCGUUUUGCAUACAUUUACCAUAGCAAGCAAUCAGACUUUGUUAAUUCCCUUAUUCCAAGUGGUAAAGAAAUAGAGCCAUUGCUACGAAUAGUCAUUAUUUGGAGAAGAGACACGUCUCAAGUAAAAUACGAAUGGUUGCCAGACAAGUGGGAAAUUGAAAACGAUUUGAAUGAGACGGUUAAUAAACUUGAAACGACUAUUUCCAAAUUACUGAAGUCAUCUGAAGCUCUAACAUAUGAGGCUUUUGUUAAGGAUUUAUUCGAUGAACACGCAAAAGGAAUAUUCGGUCGGAUCUUCGCUAAACUUAUGAUGUUUAGUGAAUCAGUUUAUGAGGGUUUGAGCAAGGAUCAGGUUUUACCAGCUUUGUCGGUUGUAGGCACAGUGGUAUUUAUUGUAGCCGUUGGUUAUUUUAUGGCGUAUUUAGUACGAUUAGAAGAGGAAAGUAUCAAAAAGCAAAGGGAAAAAGAGGGUCGCGAUCGCACGGAAAAUAAAAAUCCUACCUAUCAGCCCGAACUAAAAUUGCACGAACUUAGAGCUGAAAAGUAUAAUGGAUUAGUGCGUUUGUUAAAACCUGGCUGUCGCACUAUCAUUUUAGUACUUGACAUGCAGUCUAGACAACACUUGAUACCACCUUUUCAUAAAGCUGUUUGGCCAUAUAGAAAAAACAAAACAUUAAUGUUUGCCUAUAUGUACAUUGAAAGAGGUUUAAGUUGGUAUAAAGAAUUGUUACAAUUGUCCCUUCCUGAAGAAAGAGACCUUAACAUCAAUCCUAGAAAUUGUGUAGGAACUGUUUUGGCCUUAAAUGGCCAUAGAAAAUAUUUCUGUAUGUUUCAUGCUAAACAUCCUGAGACCAAGAGGAAACAAAAUGACAAGGAUAAGAAAUCAGAUCGUUGGAAAGGUAGUGAGAAAGACUGUGAAGCAGCAGCUUUUAUAGGUUUUGAUACAGACAGUUCAGAAUCUGAUGACGACGUAUUAUUGGAGGGAAAUUUGUUAGAUGGCUUUUCAAACUGGUUGGAUCGGCUAUUUGAGGGAACAACUCAACGUUUCUAUAUUAAUUACUGGCCAGAGUUUCCUAAUAAGUAA